CCCCUCCUCACCUGCUGGACGCUUCAGUCAUAAGUUCGGAGAGUCAUCAUGGCGGUCAGUGCUCUUAACAUCAGGCCGUUGAUCUGUGUGUUAUUCCUGCUGUGUGCACAUGUUCAAGAUGUGGAUUCACUGAUUCUCCGUCCUGAACCAAACAGACUACAGUUCUUUGAAUAUGAGUCUCUGACCUUUCAUUGUGAGGGCUCUUACGGCUCGACUGGACUGAAAAUUGUACAUCGGUCCAAAGGGGAAUUACAGACAUGUGAAACUCCAGUGACAUCAAAAAGGUCAUCCUGCUCCAUUAAAACUCUUUAUUUAGAUGAAAAUGGACAAUACUGGUGUGAGUCUGGAGAUAGGAAGACAAGCGACAUCAUCUAUAUCACUGUUACUGCUGGUCCUGUGAUCCUGGAGAGUCCCAUCAGUGUGGUGGAGGGAGAGGAUGUGACUCUGCGCUGCAGAAACAAGACGACCUCACCCAACCUCUCAGCUGAUUUCUACAAAGAUGGACGCCUUAUUGGAAGAAGCUCUACAGAAAACAUGACAAUCCACGGCGUUACCAAAUGUGAUGAAGGACACUACAAGUGUACCAUCUCUGGAGGAGGAGAAUCAGCUGAGAGUCGGAUGGCUGUUGAAGAGCCACACCAGGAGAUUCACACGUCCUCAGAUCUUCUGUUCAUCAUCUUCAGAAACCUUCUCCCUGUAGUGAUGAUGGCUCUGCUGCUGUUGCUGCUGGGACGGCUUCACUGUCUCAGCUGAUUUCAGAUGCCGAAAUAAAAGAUAAGACAGGCUGAACAAUUAAACAGACAUUUUCUUGUUUGGUUGCCAGAAAUGAAGAACAUCCCAUAAUGCUUCAUUCAUCUGCUUUCUUUCAUGUGUUACAUCAUCUUGUUAAUUAUAUGUAAUGAUGAUCCACUUCUAUUCAGUUCAUGUUUUGCAAACCAAUGAAAACAUUGUACAUUUCUAAACAGCUAAAAGAAUCCAAUCAUUAGAAAUGUUUUGCAAUGAGCAGAUGAAAGAUAAUGGCAGCUCUUCCUGUUUGACAUGUUUCACAUAUUUAAUUCACAUGUUGAUUCAUUUAGAUUUGUCUCCAGCAACAGAUGUUCUUUCUGCUUCUAUAUGAAGAUGUGAAGAUUCUAAAAGUCAAUUGACAUUGUGCAAACCACAGUUUGUUUCAGUGUCUUUCUAUUUUAAGAUUCACAUCUGAGACCACGUCUUCUCUAACCCUAGCCCACGAGCCUCAGAGCUUCACUUUCUGUUUGUAUCUACCUAAAAUAUCGACCUAUAAUUCGAACAUCUGUGAUGGUAACAUGAACAUUUCAACUGUAAUAUUCCACUGGAUGUUUUUAUAUCAACAACAAUUCAAAGAACAUCUGUC